ACCAUCUCUCAUUUCAAAACGUAAACCACAUAGAUUUUGAUAGGCAUGGACUCAGGCCGUAAAUGUAGGGGCUUCAUCAAGGCAAAACUGGGGCUGCCUUUCUAUAAAGCGGCCAAAUUGCCGGCCUCUGGGGCGCAAUACAGAAGUAAAGUUACGCCAAGGCAGUCAUCUCCAUCGGUUGCCACGACGACGCAGGCUUUUGUGGUCCACCAGGACGUGAUUUCCCAGCAGAAGGUGCAGAAGGUUUCUUUCAUUGUACCUGACAAAGGCCGCAACUCACUAGGCCAGUUUGAUAAGAUGUUCGGCAUGCCUGGCGACGAGAGCGUCGAUCUGAAGGCCGCAAAUUACAUAUCUUCUGUGCAGGAGCGCUUCAAGCUCGAGCGAGUCAACUCCGAGCGAAAGAAAAACGAGAUCGUCUCCUAGUGGUUGCCAUUGUCAUUCGUUGUUGCUAGUCCUGGACAGUACUAAAUUUAGGUUUAUUUUGUAGAGCUGCAUGGUCAUUGUAAUCUGCAAACUCCAACUACAGUCCCAAGUUACUGUUGUAUGGUUAGUACUGUCAGAUGGAAUAGCUGUUUGAAAAUUUGUUAAGUUUUGCUUUGAUUGGCGACCUUCAAGGAUCUGUUAGUUCUAAUUAUUGGUCAUUUACUCAGCCAUUGUUAUUUGCUACAAUUGCUAGUUUGAAGAACAAA